UCCUUAGAGAACAAAAUUUUGCUCAUUGAGCUAGAUUACACUUUGAUUAAAAACAAACACCUCACUCAAGCAAGAAACCCAGCCAAUGUUAGACCGGCCAAUGUUUUACAAUACGAGUCUUUUCCUGAAUUAAUUUCGAUACUCCUCGGCAUUUUGAACGGAAUCGAAUGGCAUACAAUACAAUACGAGUUUUGACCUUGGCCCCCUUAAACUAAACAAAUCCAUCUAUUUUUAAGGAAAUGUUUGACUACGAUUCAGUUGAAUUUGAGUUAGAUUUUAAUGAUAUUGACGUGUUAGCAGCUACUCCCGAGAAUAUGUUCGGAGAGGAAUUUUUGCUUGAAUGUAAAUAUGAGGAGAAAGCGCCACCAAACUCGGUAUUGUCCAGCAAACACAAAAAAAGGCUGGCAAUCCAUGAGCGUGGCCACAUAUUUGUGGCUUAUUUGGUGGAAACAGAUGUGACAAAAGUGACUAUCAAAUCUGAGGGAAAUAUGUUAGGCCACUAUUUACAAACUUUGUUUUUGUUUUGAUCGUGAAAAGUGCCUCCAAUUUGAUAUAUUUUUUGAGCUUUUUCAUCUUCAAAUACUUUAAAUUCUUCUUCUUCUCUCAAUUCUUCCUCCUCAUCUUUCAUUUCCUCCUCACCAUUAUUUAAUUCUUCCUCUUCUAUUACUUUCACUUCCUCCUCUUCUUCUUUCUUCAAUUCUUCCUUCUCAUCUAAUUGCCGAACAUUCAUUUCCCGAACAUAUUUAACGUUAUCCUCUUUUUUAGUUUCAAUUUUCUCUUC